UAAUGCAAGAGAUUCUACACAGCAUCCACUAAACCCGAAAACCCCAUUGCCAUCAAGUAGGUUCUGACUCAUAGGGACCCUGUAGGACAGGGUGGAACUUCCCCAUAGGGUUUCUAAGGAGAGACUGGUGGAUUUGAACUGCCACCUUUUGUUUAGCAGCCACAUGCUUAGCCAUUGUGCCACAAGGACUCCACAGCAUCCAGUAAGAAAGGUUAAUUUGCAUUUCUGUUGACUGUAUUUGCAUGAUAGACUAUUUAGACAGCUGUGUGGAGGCUUCACUGGAAGACAAAAAUGGUGCAAGUGGGCAUAUUAGUUACACAGCUACUUUAAAAACUUAGGCAAGAAAUGAGGAAGGCAUAAAUUUGAGCAUCUUUGGUGGGAAUUAAAGAAAGCCAAGGGAUUCAAAGUAUACUUAGGAGGAAUAAAUGGCAUCUAGGAUGACUCAAUUUCAUUUUCUAGCCACCUUUUAAGAAGAUAAAUCUGUUUUUUGCAUCGUUAUGGUCUCUGCAUCUGUCUGCAAUGGCACUGCCUUCCACCCUUCCACAUUUAUUCUACUGGGAAUCUCUGGGAUGCAAGACCAGCAUGCUUGGAUUGCCAUCCCCUUCUGCUCCAUGUAUAUCCUUGCUUUGGUCGGCAAUGGCACCAUCCUCUACGUCAUCAUGAUGGACAGAGCUCUGCAUGAGCCAAUGUACCUCUUUCUGUGCCUGCUUGCCACCACUGACUUGGUACUCUGUUCAACCACACUGCCCAAAAUGCUAACAAUCUUCUGGUUUAGGUCCCAUGUAAUUUCUUACCUUAACUGCCUCACCCAAAUGUUUUUUGUUCACACUGCCUUUGCCACCGAGUCAGCUGUCCUGUUGGCCAUGGCUUUUGAUCGCUAUGUUGCUAUCUACCAUCCACUUCACUAUACAUCCAUCCUCAAUGUCACUGUGAUUGGGAAGAUCGGUCUGGCAUGUGUAGCCCGUGGUCUUCUCUUUGUUUUCCCUUUCGUCAUCCUCAUUGAACGCUUGCCCUUCUGUGGACUUCACAUCAUCCCCCACACAUACUGUGAGCACAUGGGUAUUGCCAAGCUGGCCUGUGCCAGCAUUAAGCCGAACACUAUCUAUGGUCUCACCGUGGUACUUUUUGUCACUGGCAUGGGUGUGGUCCUCAUUGCUACUUCCUAUGGCCUAAUCCUGCAGGCCGUGUUGCGCCUGCCCUCUAAGGAUGCCCAAUUCCGAGCAUUUAGCGCUUAUGGAGCCCACAUCUGUGUGAUUCUUGUCUUCUACAUCCCUGCUUUUUUUUCUUUUUUCACCCACCGGUUUGGACACCAUGUAUCUCCCCAGGUCCGCAUUGUACUUGCAAAUCUCUAUCUUCUCUUGCCACCUGUUCUAAACCCCCUGGUCUAUGGCAUUAAUACCAAACAGAUUCAGAUGAGACUGUUUGGUUUUUGUCUGGAGAGGAGGUAGCUAUACUAUCUAUAUGCUCCCAUUCAUCAUCAGGAAAUGUUAUAUUUAAUUUCCCAUCUUCCUCAGCAAUCCUUAUC